GUAACUAUAAAAACUGUUCUCGGAGUUAUUUCUAAACAGAACUAAGAUCAGAAUUGUUUGAACCAUCAGAAUCGUCUAUUUUGAAAAAUCGAUUCAUGAAAUGAAUCUUCAGGCAACAACUGUUCGAGAAGGAUGUCAAUAUCACAGUGUGGAAGUUGAAAAUAUUUGCCAUGGAAGCAAGUGACUAUUUGCCUCAAGGUUAAAUAAGGCAAGAAGAGCUUCAGGUCCCUGGUCUGCAGUGAUGAGUAGAACAGACCCUUCUGCUGUCAGGUGCAGACAUUUCUCCUCCACCUUCUUUAAGGGGGCCAUUUCCUGCCAAUAGCUUUUGUAAUCUCUGAGGGGAAGAAACAGCAAACAUUUGCUAGUCAGACAAGUGACAGGAAAUGGAUUCCAAACACCAGCGUGUGAAGCUAAAUGAUGGCCACUUCAUGCCUGUAUUGGGAUUUGGCACCUAUGCACCUCCAGAGGUUCCCAGAAGUAAAGCUUUGGAGGUCACAAAAUUAGCAAUAGAAGCUGGGUUCCGCCAUAUAGAUUCUGCUCAUUUGUACAAUAAUGAGGAGCAGGUUGGACUGGCCAUCCGAAGCAAGAUUGCAGACGGCAGUGUGAAGAGAGAAGAUAUCUUCUACACUUCGAAGCUUUGGUCCACUUUUCAUCGACCAGAGUUGGUCCGACCGGCCUUGGAAAACUCGCUGAAAAAAGCUCAACUGGACUAUGUUGACCUCUAUCUCAUUCAUUCUCCAGUGUCUCUAAAGCCAGGUGAGGAACUUUCACCAACAGAUGAAAAUGGAAAACUAAUAUUUGACAUAGUGGAUCUCUGUACCACUUGGGAGGCCAUGGAGAAGUGUAAGGAUGCAGGUUUGGCCAAGUCCAUCGGGGUGUCAAACUUCAACCACAGGCAACUGGAGAUGAUCCUCAACAAGCCAGGACUCAAGCACAAGCCCGUCUGCAACCAGGGUGGACCAGAACUCCCCGGUUCUUUUGGAGGACCCAGUCCUUUGUGCCUUGGCAAAAAAGCACAAGCGAACCCCAGCCCUGAUUGCCCUGCGCUACCAGCUGCAGCGUGGGGUUGUGGUCCUGGCCAAGAGCUACAACGAGCAGCGGAUCAGAGAGAACGUGCAGGUUUUUGAAUUUCAGUUGACUUCAGAGGGAUAUGAAAGCCAUAGAUGGCUUCCAACAGAAAUC